AUGUACCCACAUGUGGCCAGUGAGAUCACAAGCCCCUCACUGGCUGGCUUUGCCCCUUCAGGCACCCUGCGUGGUGACAGCAGGAUCGUGGGGGGCCAUGAGGUGGCGCCCCACUCCCGGCCCUUCAUGGCGUCCCUGCAGCUGAACAAGACACACAUCUGUGGGGCCGUGCUGGUGCAGCGGCGCUGGGUGCUGACGGCCGCACACUGUGAGGUGACCAGCGCGAACCUCAGUGCCUUCAGGGUGGUCCUGGGGGCCCAUGCCCUGCAAACACCUGAGCCCACCUGGCAAGUGUUCACCAUCACUCAGGCCGUGCCUUAUCCCCUCUACAAUGCCCAGCUCGACACCCAUGACCUCCAGCUCCUUAAGGUGCUCAACGCCUCAGCUCAUGUCACCAGAUCCGUCCGCCCUACGCGCUUGCCCAGGCGGAACUAUUCUCUGCGCCCGGGCACGCGGUGCCGAGUGACAGGCUGGGGCGACACCACCGGUCGCGAGGACCCGCCGGCCGCCCUGCUGGAGGCUGCGGUGGUCAUCGAGGCGCGAGGCCCCUGCAACGCGUCCUGGGGAGGAGCCCUCACGGUGGACAUGCUCUGCGCCUCCGCACGCUCCAUGGACCGCAGGGGCGUGUGUGGGGGUGACUCUGGCGGACCCCUCCUCUGCCGAGGCCAGUUGCACGGCCUGGUGUCCUUCUCCUCGUCGCUGUGUGGGGAUCCCCGCCUCCCCGAUGUCUACACCCGCGUCUCCACAUUUACACCGAUGAGCCCUCCAGCCCACCAGAGGCUGAGCUUCAGCCUUGAACCCCAAGUGGCUGGUUUGUCCUCUGCCGAGACCCCCUACCUCUCCCCACUUCUUCCUCCAGAAGCCUUCCCUGAGUCCACACCAGGUUCCUGGGGGGGGCGCAUCAUUGGAGGCCAUGAGGUGACCCCUCACUCCAGACCUUACAUGGUAUCGGUGAGCUUUGGGGGCCAGCACCACUGUGGGGGUUUCCUGCUCCACGCCCAAUGGGUGGUCUCAGCCGCCCACUGCUUCAGCGACAGGAAUCCUCUGAUGGGCCUGGUGGUGCUGGGAGCCCAUGAUCUUCGAACUGUGGAGCCCACCCAGCAGAUAUUCAGCAUCUUGAAGGUCUUCAGACACCCCAAUUACCAACCAUCCACUCACACCAAUGACAUCUGUCUGCUAAAGCUGAACCACUCGGCCGUCCUGGGACGUGAGGUGGGACUGUUGAAACUGCCUCGGAGGGGAGCCAGGCUGCCCCAGCCUGGGGAGUGGUGCCAGGUGGCCGGCUGGGGUUCCGUGUCCGAUUUCCAGGAACCUCCUUCCGGGCUGAUGGAGGCCAAGGUCCGUGUGCUGGACUUGAACUUCUGCAACCGCUCCUGGAGUGGCCAGCUGCGCCCUGCCAUGUUCUGCACCCGCAGUGGGGACCACCGGCGGCGCGGUUUCUGUUCGGCUGACUCUGGAGGACCUCUGGUGUGCCGUGGCAAGGCCUAUGGUCUUGUCUCCUUCUCCGGCCUAUGGUGUGGCGACCCCAAGUACCCCGACGUGUACACACAGCUGUCUGCUUUUGUGAACUGGAUCCGGGGUAUAGUUCGGCGGAACCCCCACCACAGCACCCCACCUGGGAUCCUUGGUCCCCUUUCAGGCACUACCUGA